UUCCCCUUAAUAUUGAGGCACCAAGCCAUGAUGAUGCUGUGAAACUUGGACUUGCUGUUCGUGCUGCUGUUAAAGAGUUUCCUGCUCUGGACUCAUCUGCCUUAGACAACAACACAACAUGGAUAUGGCGACGAGCUCAUCUGAUGUAGCCAUUGAAGGACUGAGGCCGCUUCUGAGUGAUAAGGAAGGUCUGGAUGACAUAGCUACAGAAAAAAUUGAGAAGUUGACCGCUAAGUUGCAAGAACAAGAGCAAGAUCAUAAGGAGUGUGAUCCUUUCGAGAGGAUUAAAGACGGGUUUAUUCACUUCAAAAUCCACUAUUUCGGCAAGUAUCUAGAUUACUAUAAACAACUUGCAGAAGGGCAGCACCCCAAGUUUCUGGUGUUUGCGUGCUCUGACUCCCGCGUUAGCCCCUCUCAUGUCCUGAACUUCAGGCCAGGGAAAGCCUUCACGUGCAGGAACGUUGCUAACUCGGUUCCUGCAUUUAACCAAUUGAGAUACUCAGGAGUUGGUGCAGUCAUUGAAUAUGCAGUCAAGUAUCUUGAGGUGGAGAACAUCCUGAUCAUAAGGCAUAGUCGUUGUGGUGGGACAGAGGCCCUUAUGUCUCUUCCUGCUGAUGGAACUACUUCCAAUGACUUCAUCGAUGACUGGGUCAAAAUUGCUUUACCGGCCAGGCAAGAUGAACGAGAUAUGGCAGCCUAA